CGUGCUGAGUGUCAGGAUGAGUGGUUAGGGCCGUGCUGAGUGCCAGGAUGAGUGGUUAGGGCCGUACUGAGUGCCAGGAUGAGUGGUUAGGGCCGUGCUGAGUGCCAGGAUGAGUGGUUAGGGCCGUGCUGAGUGCCAGGAUGAGUGGUUAGGGCCGUGCUGAGUGCCAGGAUGAGUGGUUAGGGCCGUGCUGAGUGCCAGGAUGAGUGGUUAGGGCCGUGCUGAGUGCCAGGAUGAGUGGUUAGGGCCGUGCUGAGUGCCAGGAUGAGUGGUUAGGGCCGUGCUGAGUGCCAGGAUGAGUGGUUAGGGCCGUGCUGAGUGCCAGGAUGAGUGGUUAGGGCCGUGCUGAGUACCAGGAUGAGUGGUUAGGGCCGUGCUGAGUGCCAGAAUGAGUGGUUAGGGCCGUACUGAGUUACGUCCUGAGUGUUUGGUGCCAGGAUGAGUGGUUACGGUGGUGCUGAGUGCCAGGAUAAGUUGUUACGACAGUGCUGAGUGGCAUCCUGAGUGUUGGGUGCUAAGAUGAGUGGUUAGGGACGUGCUGAGUGGUGUCCUGAGUGUUGGGUGCCAGGAUGAGUUAUUACGGGGUGCUGAGUGGCAUCCUGAGUGUUUGGUGCCAGGUUGAGUUGUUAUGGGGUGCCAAGUGCUAGGAUGAGUUGUUACAGCAGUGCUGAGUGGCAUCUUGAGUGUUGGGUGCCAGGAUGAGUUGUUACAGUGGUGCUGGUUGCCAGGAUGAGUUAUGGCAGUGCUGAGUGCCAGGAUGAAUUAUGGCAGUGCUGAGUGCCAGGAUGAGUUGUUACAGCAGUGGCCGUGAGUGUAAGGUGUCAUGAUAGUGUGGUGGUCGUGAUGAGUUAGUGCGGUGGUCGUGAGUGUAAGGUGUCGUGACAAGUUAGUGUGGUGGUCGUGAUGAGUUAGUGCGGUGGUCGUGAGUGUAAGGUGUCGUGACAAGUUAGUGUGGUGGUCGUGAUGAGUUAGUGCGGUGGUCGUGAGUGUAAGGUGUCAGGACAAGUUAGUGUGGUGGUCGUGAUGAGUUAGUGCGGUGGUCGUGUGUGUAAGGUGUCGUGACAAGUUAGUGUGGUGGUCGUGAUGAGUUAGUGCGGUGGUCGUGAGUGUAAGGUGUCGGGACAAGUUAGUGCAGUGGUUAUGUGUGUAAAGUGUCGGGAUCAGUUGGUGCAGUGGGGCCUAGUGUCAGGUGAUGGCCACCAAUGUAACUGAUGAGCAUGUAGUACUAAAUACUGUACUGUACAUGUCCUGGCCCAGGCUAGGGUGGGCAGUCAGUCCUUAUUAUCCACCCAAAGAUUUUCUUUGGCUUCUCUUCUCUGAAGUGUUUGGGGCUGGCUUCCCUUGAGGGCUUCCUUGCUUGUGGUUUUCACCCAAGAAUCUGGUACUGUACAAGAAGAAGUAAACAGCAGCCAUGCAUGGACGACCGAAGAGGAAAGGUCCAGACCUUAAAUUUAAAUUUGUGGAAAAUCAAGCACCUCAACCAGUGAGACCUCCACGGGACUUGGACAGCAGGACAACUAUAACCAUGGACGGCAAGGAUGUGGAAGUCUCGGCUGAUGACCUGGAACUUUUGAGAGAACUAGGACGUGGUGCAUAUGGUGUAGUAGAGAAAAUGAGACACAGACCAUCAGACACAAUCAUGGCUGUGAAGAGAAUCACCAGCACUGUAGACAGUCGUGAACAACAGUACCUGCUAAUGGAUCUUGAUGUCUCGAUGCGGUCUGGAGCUUGCCCCUACACAGUCCACUUCUAUGGCGCGCUGUUCAGAGAUGGUGAUGUGUGGAUUUGUAUGGAAGUGAUGGAGACCUCGCUGGAUAAAUUUUACCCUAUGGUGUUCUCACGAGGAAAGAGUUUUCCAGAAGAAUUCCUUGGCAAAAUUGCAUUUUCUCUUGGUCAAAGAUUACAAACAGCGACCAAAUUACAUGCGUCUUCAAGAACACCCCUUCAUAAUGGCACAUGCGAACUCUACUAAUGAUGCAUUUGCAGCCUUUAUCAAUGAAAAUUUACCUCCAACACAACAGUGACAUCAACUUAUUCUAGAUUAGUUUGCUUUUUUUUAUAUGUUACUAAUGUAUUAUAAGAUACAUAAAGAAUUCUUUUUAUUUAAUGAAAAUUUUAAUGAAUAGACGUGUGAGAAAGAAUCCUCAUGUGUUUUGUGUACUGUUUCAGUGUACAAAUAUCCUUUUAUAGGUUACUAGAGUUUAUUGUAAUAUGUUUUAGAGUAAGUCUUGAGGGACUGAAUGCCCUGGUGAUUCCACCAUUUUUGGUGGUUUGUUGAAGUUGUGCUGUCCCCAUGUAAAUAGUUUUUAGACUACAUGAUAAAGAAGCUUUUUGACUACUGUUCUAAAUAUCCUUCAAAUGCAUGUUGUAGUGUGAUCUCGAGCAAUAUUGUGAUGAGUAACUCCUAAAUUUUCUACACAACCGUACACAAACACGUCCAGAUGCCAGGGCAGGUUCUCAGUAGUCUCGGUUUAAAUUUCAGUAUCCGGGUAGUUUUCACCAGCUUUUUUUCUUGUUCUUUCUCUCCUUCCAAGUAUCUUAAAACUGUUUAUGGAAUGUUUUUGGAAAUUGGCCUGUGUGCCCCUUAGAAUUAUGUUAUAUUGUGUACAGUACAAAGAUGCAUCAUUGUGAACUCCUGUUGGCCAUUUUGACCACUUUAAAAAUUAUAAAUUAGCUUUUGAAUUCUUUAGAUGAUAUAUAUUGUUGGUAGUCAUCUCCGUGUUAAGUAUUAUCAUUUGGCUUUAUUAGUAUUUUUUUAUUAUCAUUGAGUAUCCAUUAUUUUUGUUCAGUAUUACACUGUCAUUUUUGUUUUCUUGAAAUGCCAUUGUUAUGUGACAUAAUGUUUGACUUAGUGGUGUGUGAGUAGUGCCAUCCUCUGUGUAAAUGUUCAGCCUUGUCUCUUGUCUUAACUCUAAGUAUUACAUCAUUUUAGAUAUCCUCAGUAGGAAUACCUUACGGUUUUGUCAGGUUUAUUUAUUUUUCUUCCAAGGUAUGUGUAAUAUCUUGAGAAUGUCUCAUCAUUUUGAUACAAAGCUUGCCAUUACCCAGUAGGCACCAUUGGUUGAAAGCAGCCAACGUUACAUACUGUUUACCAUUUAACGUCGGUCGCCUUUAACCAUUAGUUCCCACUCGGUACAGGUAUGAUUACAACAGUAAACUUCUUGUUGAAGUCGGGUCGUGUAGCCCUCUGGUAGCCAUUAUUUUUCCUUGAUUUGUGUGUGAUAUCUUGUCAGUGUCAUCAUAGUGACUUGGAACAUUUAACAGGAAACUUAGCUUCCUUUUGAAAUUGAACAGUGCAUUCCCUGGAGGCCAUUUUUAUAACUGGUUAACAUGAAAACAAAUCUCCAAUACUGCACAUUAUAUCCCCUAGAAUCGAUCACAAGUUAAAAGUCCUACUGUACCACUAUUAGAUAGAGGUAUAGUUACCAUCUGAAUUCAAGAAUAUAUCAUAUUAAUAUAGUGAGAUAUGUUAUUGCUUAAGUUUUUAUUUAGUACUAUAUAGCCAUGUUGGCUUAACACUUUAUUUUUUGUUUAAAUUGCUUGAAAAGUUUUUAUUUAUUAUAUAUAUUAGCAAUUUUUUCAUAGACCUUUGACUAUAUCCACUGACAGUUGUAUGAUUGUAAUUAUAAAAGUAAUAACAUUUAUGAAUAAAUAUUUUAGUAUUA